AUGCAUCUCCACUUCCCCCUCACCUCCGCCCUAGCCCUAGCCCUAGCAACAACCGCCCUCGCCCUGUCCCCCCACCUAUCCACCCGCCAACAGCCCUUCAAAACAACACCCAUAUCCGACUUCUCCGAACCCUGGGCCUUCGCCUUCCUCCCCGACUCCCGCAUCCUCGUCACAGAGCGAAAGGGCAACCUCCUCCUCGUCGACCCGGCCACGAAAGCAAAAGCCAGCAUCACCGGCGUCCCCGCCGUCUCGUAUGCCGGUCAAGGCGGUCUCCACGAUGUUGCUUUGCAUCCACAGUAUGCGAAUAACAGCAUCGUGUAUAUCAGCUACGCCGAAAACGGUUCCGGUGGCGCAGGCUGCGCGGUCGCGCGCACCAAGCUGAGUCUGAGUGGUAGCAGCGGCGCACUCUCUGGUCUCGAAGUCAUCUGGCGGCAUUCCCAACGUGCCACAGGCGGCCUUCAAUUUGCAUGCCGUUUGAAAUUCGGUCCUGCCGACGGUGCUUUAUACAUUUCCUCAGGCGAGAUAAACCAAAUGCACCCCGCCCAAUCCAUGACCUCCAACCUAGGAAAGAUAAUCCGUCUCUACGACAACGGGACCUCCUACGCCUCCAAUCCAUUCGCCUCUCAAGGCUCUAUUCAAUCCCAGAUCUACACGCUCGGCCACCGCAAUCCACUCGGUAUCGAUUUCGACGCGCAGGGUCGUUUGUGGGAAGUCGAGAUGGGUCCGUUUGGAGGCGACGAACUGAAUUUGAUAGUGCCGGGAAGCAAUUAUGGAUGGCCGGUUGUGUGUGAGGGACGGCAUUACAAUGGCACGUUGAUACCGAAACAUAGUACGAGGCCCGAGUUUGCGGCGCCGAGGGCGAGUUGGGUUCCUGUUAUCUCGCCUGCUGGCCUGAUUAUGUACAAAGGUGACCUUUUUAAGGGGUGGAAGGGGAAUGCUAUCAUUACCGGUCUUAGCGCACAAGGGCUUGUGAGGGUGGGUAUUACGGGGGAUGUGGCGAAGGAGGAGCAGAGGAUUGGGAUGGGGAAAAGGAUGAGGGGGAUUAGGGAGGAUAAGGAGGGUGCGAUUUGGGUUAUUGAGGAUGGGGCUGGGGGGAGGUUGUUGAAGCUUACGCCGAAUUGA